AUGAACUUUUUAAAACUUUUUGGUGUUUUCGGAACCAUGGUUUCUGCAACGGAUUUUUCGCUGACUGACAUGGCCAAUGUCUAUCAGAAACGCAGCGGCUACUCGAUGCCCUUCGUCAAGCGGGCCAACAUUGGCGACCCGAUGCUACGACGAUUCAUUGCGCUCAUGGAUCAGUUCGAAGCAGAACAGGCUGCUCGAAAUUGA